CCAGCGAUUGACAUGCGUCGUGGCCCCGCCCCCUCCGUCCUGUCAAUCAGACCUCCCCAGGCAAUGGCAGGGACUGGGCUGCAUACAGAGCCUUGGCAUCGGCAGCAGAAGCAGACAUGUUACGGAAGCUACUCAACAUCAGUCACUGGACACAGAAGACGCGAGAGGCGACCCUGUGUCGGGAUGAGGAAGGGUUUCUGAACCUGCGGUUGCUGGGCGGAGCGGAGUACGGCCAACUUCUGUACAUUGGCGAGUGCCAGAGAGGCGUGGCCCGGCUGGAAAGUGGCAAGCUGCACGCAGGAGACCUGUUGCUGGAGGUGAACGAGGCUCCCGUGUCCGGCCUUACGCUGAGAGAUGCCCUGGAUCUCCUGGCUGACAUCCCUGACCCAGUGCGAAUCAAAACUGUGCCGCAGGGUUCCCAGCUGAACUCUGACCUGCGGCACUUCCUCAAGCAAGUGUUCACUAAAGGCUCAGCCGACUUUGAUCUCCAGGAGCACGUUCGCCACAACCUGUACAUCCGGACACUGCCAUGUACAACGCGGGCCCCUCGCGAGGGAGAACGUCCCGGCGUCGACUACCACUUCAUCAGCCUCUCGGAGUUUCACGCGCUGGAGAGGGCCGGGGGCCUUUUGGAAACGGGGAAGUUUGACGGGAACUAUUAUGGGAUACCUGUGCCGCCCAUUCUGCCCACGGAUGCCACGCUAACCCUCGACCCGUCCAUGCUGGGAUGCCCGCCACGGAGUCCAUCGUUCCCGAGUGUGACUGAGAAGCGGCCCAACAGGGAAGCAGCUCACGGCAGUCAGGGCCACAGCAGCGCCCCGGGAGCAGCUGCUAACAUCAGCAACGGCCAUGUGACUAGCUCAAACACCAAUCAGAACAUGGCGCCAGCGGGAGAGGUCGGGACUGAGCAGCAAGGGAUCCCCAGGCAGCCCGAGGAAUGGGUACAGGCCACUGCUGAAACUGAGAGGACACAGACAGAGCCUAACACGGGUCAAGAUAGCCUGUUGGUGCCAGAUGUCUCCCAGAUGCUGGGAUAUUCUGUCUUCGCCACCAUCACCAAAACCAACAACACCUUCGGUUUCACCAUCGCCGGGGGCAACCGGCCGAGCGAGCUGCUGCAGAUCGUCAGCGUGGCGGUGGGUGGGCCAGCCGAGCAGACUGGCAACGUGCAAAUCGUGGCUGGAACACAGCCUUUGACUGAACCCACGAUCCAUUUGGCAGACGGUUCAGCCCAGGCCCAGACCGGGGGCACAGAGGGCAGGAAUGGAGACAGAAACGGGUGCCAAGGCUUCAGUGCUGGCAGCAAGCCCCAGGACGUCGCAGCCCCCUGCGCACUCGGCCUAGCGAGGACCGGAAGCAGCGAACCACGCCACAUCGUUCCUGGCCAACAUGAGGAACAUGAGCUGUUUGAGUCCACUCCUCCUUCUUCCCUGGUCAAAGCAGGAGAUGAGGCAUCACUGGCCAGCUCCUUGAAUCCGCGGAAAUCCGCACGCCCAGCGGACAGGGACCCCACGGAGCGCCAGGAGGGGGAUGCGAGGCUGCACCUCGAGGGACGACCUCAUGGGGACAAGGGCGCAGGCAGCAAGGAGCAGCUGGGCUCUCGGGGAAGGGACGGGGCCUCCAGCAAAUACGAUUCCCGUGAGGGUGACCGAAGGGCUCGGAGUCUCUCAAAGCCGCGGGACAUUCCCGGGAUAAGCUCCCGACACAACGUGUGUGACCUUCAGCCCGAUGGGGUGAGGCUGGCCCCUCCGUCCAGUGGUGGUCCGCAAAGCAACAAUCCCCGGCCCACCCGAACCAAUCACGAGGAGCCGAAGGAAGCCGAGUUCUAUACAGUGGAUCUGGAACGUAGUCCGACAGGAUUCGGGUUCAGCGUGCGCGGAGGCCGUGAGUAUGACAUGGACCUUUACAUUCUGGGAAUGAUCGUUGGAGGCCCAGCCAUGAGGAGUGGAAAAAUCAGGAUUGGUGACCAGUUGGUUGAGAUCAAUGGGGAGCCAACUGUGGGAAUGAGCCAUGCUCGAGCUGUGGAACUGAUCCGACACGGUCAAGACAAGAUCCAUCUCCUAAUGCGCUGUGGGAAUGGGCAGGUCCCUGAGUUUGGUCCUGACGCUGUAAGUAGGCCAGACCUUGGAGAAGUCACUGUGGUUCCAGUCAGGCAGGAGCACCCUGCCCGAGGUGCUGCGCGGGGCCAGGCCAGGCCUCAGUCGCACCAUCCACGUGCUUUACUCUCCUCUGGCCCAGAACAUCCGACGACGAGACAGGGGAGACUGUCCAAAGGCCAGUCCCAAGCUGCCGAUGCCCGGCCUGUUGCCGGUAGUGCCCGGGGACACCGGAGGAACCGCAGGAACCAACAAGGUGAUGAUAGCGGGCCUGAAACCGACCUCAGGCCUCGGUCCCGGGCUCUGCGUGAUCACUCCAGGCAGCAGUGAGCCCUCGGGUCUAGGGCCGAUAAUAUCUCGGAGCCCACCCAAUCCCAGGCUCCCCUGGACUGCUCUGCACCUGGUGCUUUAGGUGAAUUAAAGGCCCAAAUCCCCUCUGGCUACACUAGGCCUGAGGCUCUCCUUGACUCGAGUCCCAAUGUUCCAGUUGAGUCCAGGUUCCAUUCUCUCCCUCGCUACUCUAGGCCUCGGGCUCUCCUCGAAUCUAGGCCCGAUGCUCCGGUUGAGUCCAGGGUCCAGACUCUCCCGAGCUACCGUAAACCCCAGGCUCUUGGCAACAGCAGGCCCCUGUCUGAGGAGAGCACGGAGACCGAUUCAGACAGCAGGGAGACGGAUUGGGAGGAGGAUACAGCCUCCUCUUCUCCAGAGCUGCCAACCCUCGGCAGCUUCGAUGAGCAGAGGCAGUUGAGUUCCAUGAUCGGGAGGGGUCUAAAUCUCAGUCGGGGGCCCCUACCGCCAGGCUCGGGCACUGCAGAGAGGGAGUACUGUGUCCACUGCGGCAGCCAGAGGGGGACAAAGGACAGCAAGCGAGGCAGACUGUGGGGGCUGCUCUCUCCAGGGCCCUGGCUUGUGCCAGAAGAGGAAAAGCUCCUCGGAAUAUUAGGGAGGUAGUGUCCAAGGGGCAGGUUGCAGCUGGCCGGGAUGGGCAGGAAAUGGUCAGGUGAGAGGUGAUGCCCCAAGUGGCGGACCAGCCACCCCUGCUGGAAGUGUAUUAUAAUCAGGGAAAGACUGCUGCUUAUGGGGGACAAGUGUCAGCAUCGCGCCGUCGGAGGGUCAGGGGUGACGGAGCGGGCGCCAUCGGAGGGUCAGGGCCGAGGGGAGCGGGCGCCGUCGGAGGGUCAGGGCCGAGGGGAGCGGGCGCCGUCAGAGGGUCAGGGCCGAGGGAGCUGGCGCUCUCAGAGAUGCUGCGAUUCAGGAGGAGACAUUAAAACCAAUGCCCCCUGUGCCUUCUGAGCUGGGCACCGCAGAUCCCAGUGCCCCCCCACCCCGGUGAGAGGAGCGAGUUCUCCAAAUCCCUUAACCCAGAUGUUUGAACAGUCGGUGCUGAGUGUCCCAGGAGCCUCUUCGCCGAUUGUGGGAUUGUGCUGUGCGCCGAUCUGCUGCUCUGUUUCCUGCGCCCAGCGGAACUGUGCUGUGUUAAAAAUGCACUUGAUGUCUAUCCCCGCUGGCCUGCCCUGAGACGGGAGCAGGCGCUACAGAGAUGCAGAGCUUGGAAGUUGAAUGUACGUCCAUUUCCACAAAGAGUGAAUAUUUUAAUGAAAUUUUAAUCAUCUUGAGAAUAUAUGUGGACAUUGAAUAAAGACUCAGUGACACAAGCCAA